UUCUGCUCCUACGAUCACAAUGACGUACGUGAGCGUGUUGUUCUAUGGAGUAGGAGGGAUAGUCUUGGCCGGCGUGGCGCUGCUAGUGGUUUUCCAGGAGAAGCUUGUCUACGUCCCGGUUCUUCCCGGUUUAACCAAGUCAUAUCCUAUCACCCCUUCCAGGCUUAAUCUCAUUUACGAGGACGUUUGGCUUCGCUCCUCAGAUGGCGUACGCCUCCACUCUUGGUUCAUCAAAAUGCUCCCUGAUUGUCAAGGUCCAACCAUUCUGUUUUUUCAGGAGAAUGCUGGAAAUAUUGCUCAUCGUCUAGAGAUGGUUCGCAUUAUGAUACAAAAGUUGAAUUGCAACGUAUUCAUGCUUUCAUAUCGCGGCUAUGGGGAAAGUGAUGGUUAUCCGUCGCAGCAUGGGAUCAUUAAAGAUGCUCAGGCUGCGUUGGAUCACCUCUCUCAAAGGACAGACAUUGAUACAUCUAGAAUAGUUGUGUUUGGAAGGUCCCUUGGAGGAGCUGUUGGAGCUGUGCUUACCAAAAACAAUCCCCAAAAGGUAUCUGCAUUGAUUCUGGAAAACACUUUCACAUCCAUUCUUGAUAUGGCUGGUGUUUUGCUACCCUUCUUGAAGUGGUUUAUUGGAGGAAGUGGUACUAAAAGCCUGAAACUUCUUAAUUUUGUUGUACGCUCCCCGUGGAAUACAAUUGAUGCUAUUGGUGAGGUCAAACAACCAAUACUUUUCCUCUCUGGACUUAAAGAUGAGAUGGUCCCUCCAUUUCACAUGAAAAUGCUAUACGCUAAAGCUGCUGCCCGUAACUCUCAGUGCAAUUUUGUGGAAUUUCCAAGUGGGAUGCAUAUGGAUACAUGGCUGACUGGGGGUGACGUUUACUGGAGAACAGUCUUGCAGUUCCUUGCAAAGCAUGCGCCUGAGCAAAAGAAACAACGAUAGAGGAAGGUAAACUAGUUGAGGAUGCUGUGUUUAGAGGAAGUUUGGACUCAGUUGGAUCCUACUGAAACCUGAAACUUUAUAAAGCAGAUUUAUAUAUAUAUAUAUGCUUAUAUUGCAUUUGGGAGUGAGAUGCUGGAGAGGGACUUUGUAAGCAGAAACAGCCACUGGUAAAUGUCAAAGUACGUUCUGAGUUGUUUCAGUCUUCGUCGUUUUUGGUUACUUUUUUCCAACUGUUUGUGGUUCUCUUUUGAUGCUAACCAUUUCCUCUAAAUGAUUAUUAUUGCUUUGUAGAUGAUUGAGAAAAU